UAACCACGUGCACUUCGCUGCUUCCAGGUUACAGCUUUUUUUCAUUCCACCGUCAUCCUCGCGCUCUAGCAUCACUCCCUGACAACAGCAGCGAUGGCGGAGCCCGUAGCAUCGGAUGCGGCGGCCACAACGGACGCAGCAGCCACGGCAGCAUCACCGACACCGGGCCUCUCUCCCGCAGCUAGCCCGGGCUCGGAGCCUCCAUCCAUGGCUCUCUCUCCCACGGCGGACGGCUCCCAGCGGCUGCUCUUCUCCCACGACCUGGUCUCCGGACGGUAUCGCGGCUCAGUCCGGUUUGGCCUCGUACGGAUGAUCCACGGCGAGGAGGAUUUCAACUCGGACUCGGACCUCGACGAUGGCGGAGGGAGAGGCGGUGGAGAAGGAGGUGGUGGCGGAGGAGGAGGAGGAGGAGGUGGAGGUGGAGGACGAGUCCCAUGUGGUUCGGACACUGAGAGUGCCGUGGACACUCCGAGUCGGCCUCUCGGUAGGGGAUUUGUCCGCGUCCAGUGGUACCCUGAAGGAGGAAAGCAGGACAUCAGGGAGACAAAGCUGAAGCUUGAAGAUCGAUCUAUUGUCAUCAGAGACAUCGUGCGACGGAAUAACUCUAAUGACAACCAGUGUGGUAUUGUGACUAACAUCGACAUCGAGUGUGCCGUGAAGUUAGUGGGAACAAAUUGUGUACUGUAUCCAGUCAACAGCAAAGACUUGCAGCACAUCUGGUCUUUUAUGUAUGGCGACUACAUUGCCUACGACUUCUGGCUGGGGAAAGUGUAUGACCUGACCAAUCACAUCAUCCUCAAGCUUUCAAACGGAGCCAGGUGCUCCAUGAGUGUGGAAGACGGUGCCAAGCUUUACGACGUCUGUCCGCAUGUCAGUGAUUCGGGUCUCUUCUUCGAUGAGGCGUACGGCUUUUAUCCAGGCCAGGUCCUCAUUGGUCCAGCCAAAGUCUUCUCUAAUGUACAGUGGCUGUCAGGGGUCAAACCUGUCCUCAGCAGGAAAUGCAAGUUCAGGGUGGUGGUGGAAGAGGUGAAGGUGGUGGAGCUGAAAGUGACGUGGAUCACAAAGAGCUACUCCCCCAAAGGCUCUGACAGCGUUUAUCCACCUCCCUCCACCAUCACGCAGGAAAAUCUCUGCAGGGUGAGACGCCUGGGCUACUAUGACCACACCCAGAGACAGCUGGGAGAGAGAGCCCUCUAUGUCUUCCCUGCUAAAGGUGAUGCCACACGGAUGACCUGUGAAGGACAUGAGGGUGCCCCUGUUCUGCCCGAAGAUCCUGUUGUUAGGAAGUUGAAAAGGCUGUUCAAGAAGGAGUCUGGGAAGAAGACGGAGAACGCUGACUUGCAAGGCGAGCACAAAUCCGAGCAGACGGACUCGUCUCAUCCAAACAACAACGGCCCUGUUCCCAACCAGAACCCUCCGGACUCCCAGAACACCAACGACUCCUCGGUAGAACACGGAGAGCAGGACGCCGACGACGAGGCUGCAGAAGACACUGACGAUACCAGCUCUCUGACGUCGUCGGCGAGCUCCACGGCGUCCUCUCAGAGCGGCGGUCUGGGAACAAAUCGCAAGAAGAGCAUCCCGCUGUCCAUCCGCAACCUGAAGAGGAAGCACAAGAAGAAGAGGACCAAGUUCUCGCGGGAGUUUAAGCCUGGAGACCGGGUGGCAGUGGAAGUCGUAUCCACAAAGACAACGGCUGAUGUGAUGUGGAAGGACGGUCGGGUGGAGAAGGGGAUCCGAUCAAAUGACCUCAUCCCCAUUCAGCACCUCGAUAGCCACGAGUUUUGCCCCGGGGACUUUGUGGUAGACAAACGACCCCAAGCCCUGCAGGACCCAGGAGUGUACGGUGUGAUCCAGUCUGGCGAUCACAGGGGCAGAACAUGUGUUGUAAAGUGGAUCAAACUCAACUCCACCAGUGAUGAUGUGGAGGUUAUCGGUGUGGAGGAGGAUGUCAGCGUGUACGACAUCGCUGAUCAUCCAGAUUUUCAUUUCCGCACUACCGAUAUCGUCAUUAGAAUAUGGAACUCAGAGAACGGACAAAACGACUGUGAAAAUGAGACGUCAGUGGGUCAGGUGUUUAGGGUGGAUGUGAGCAGCAAAGUGGAGGUAGUGUGGGCAGACAACUCCAUGACCAUCGUCCUGCCUCAGUACCUCUACAACGUGGAGUCUGAGAUCGAGGAGACGGACUACGACUCGGUGGAGGAAACGAGCAGCGUUCUGUCCACAGAGGAGUGGGAGGACGAGAGCGACAGCUGGGAGACAGACAACGGCCUGACCACGGAGGACGACAGCCACAUCAACAAUGCAGAUAUCAUUGACACAGCGACUCCGACCCCCACACCCACUGGGUCCACAGUGUUCAUCAUCCCCCCACAGGAGGGCAGCAAAGCCGGGGUCACCAGUCCCACAAAAGGAGUCCCUGGAGAGGAAGGAGAGGCGUCUGUGGCUGUGGCCACUCCUGCUUCUGGAGGAGGAACCACUCCAGGAGGAGCCGUUAACGGAGCCGAGAAGCCCAGUAAGGAUGGUGCUUCUCGGGGCUUCAGGGAGUUGAAAGAGGCCCUGAAGAUCUUGGAGAGCCUGAAGAACAUGACUGUGGAGCAGCUGUGGACCGGCGGCUCUCCGACCUCCCCGACAUCUGCUGAACCUGCGUCCACGACUAACGUAGCGAGUUCGGUGACGCCAACGGCCCCCGAAAAACCGACCAAGGAGAAACGCUUCCUGGACGACAUCAAGAAGCUGCAGGAGAAUCUGAGGAAGACGCUGGAUAACGUGGCCAUCGUGGAGGAGGAGAAGAUGGAGGCUGUGGUGGAGGCAGUGGGGAGUGGAGGAGCAGGGACAGAGGCAGAGAGAGCUGGAGAGGAAAAGCCCCAGCAGGAGCCACUAACACCAGUAGGUGGACAAGAAUGGCCCAGUGACUUUCUCAGUGACACUCCAGUAUUGUGCCAACAGAGUGGCGGCAAACCUGGCGUGACCUUUACGAGUGCCAAGGGAGAGGUGUUCUCAGUGCUGGAGUGGGCCCCAGAGACUCACUCAUUCAACAAGAUGGAGUUUCAGCCAGCGGAGGCAAAGAAGUUCUUCAGCACAGUGAGGAAGGAAAUGGCUCUGCUGGCAACGUCGCUGCCCGACGGCAUCAUGGUCAAAACGUUUGAGGACCGCAUGGACCUGUUUUCAGCUCUGAUCAAAGGGCCGACUCGUACGCCCUACGAGGACGGUCUGUUCCUGUUUGACAUCCAGCUGCCCAACAUCUAUCCAGCUGUGCCGCCUCUGUUCCGCUACCUGUCGCAGUGCAGCGGCCGCCUCAAUCCCAACCUGUACGACAACGGCAAGGUCUGCGUCAGCCUGCUGGGCACCUGGAUUGGCAAGGGCACUGAGAGAUGGACCAGCAAGUCCAGCCUGCUGCAAGUCCUCAUCUCCAUACAAGGCCUUAUCCUCGUCAAUGAGCCUUACUAUAACGAGGCCGGCUUCGACAGUGACCGAGGCCUUCAGGAGGGAUACGAGAACAGCCGCUGCUACAAUGAGAUGGCUCUGAUCAAGAUGGUUCAGUCGAUGACGCAGCUCCUCCAGAAUCCUGUUGAGGUCUUCAAACAGGAGAUCCAGGAGCACUUUGCCUGUAACGGCUGGCGACUCGUCCACCGUCUGGAGGCAUGGCUGGAGCUGAACGAGGCCUCAGAAAGAGGUCACGCAGCGCACUGCAGGGCUCACCACUCCAAGGACCGAUCCUCCUCUGUGGAGCCUUUGGACGAGCAGCUGCCUCUGGGCUCGGGGCCCAUGGCGGUGGCCCACAGCAGCCCCAGUAAGCCUGGGGAGGAGGGGGCCGCAGGAGUUAGCAGUAUUAUGGAGGAGGAGCUGGAGGAUUCAGGGCUGAGUCCCUCCACCACAGCAGCCUCUCAGCAGGAGCUGAGCCAGAACUCAGACUGCGACAGCGUGCAGGUCAGCACCUCUGUGGGUGGCGAGAACAGAGGUGGUUCUACAGCCGCCGGCUCUGUAUUCCGCAGUGGGACGUCAGAAUCGGGUUCUGCUGCCGUUAACGCAGGAGGGGUAGGCACAGGAAGCCAGCCAGUGGUGCGACCAAAGAAAAGGAGAAAGAGCUACCGGAGUUUCCUCCCUGAGGGCAGCGGCUACCCGGACAUCGGCUUUCCACUCUUCCCGCUUUCGAAGGGGUUUGUGAAGAGCGUUCGUGGUGUUCUGCUGCAGUACCGAGCUGCACUGGCUGCCGCUGGCAUCCCCGAGCACACUGAGGACAAUGUCCCUGCAGACGAGUGUGAUGAAUAAAGAGGAGGGUGGACCUCACACAGUCUCACCCACUGACACAGACCUGCAGGAGCAUCACUCACAGCAGAAACCCUCAUCUUUUUCGUGGACGCAGGUAAAAAGAUGGAGCUUUCUCUGGAGCUGCUCACAGUUCCUCUGACUUCGGUUGCGGCGGUGUGGAUGCAAAAAAAAGAAAAAAAGGACUGAAUGAGAUCGAGAAUCAGUGCCAUGAACCCUCCUCCACAACCUCGUCAUCCAACCAACCUCCGGCAGCCUCCGCCAUGUGGGUGGAGGAUUUGCCGGCUGAACCACUCUGGCGUCUCAAUCAGCCUGAUAAAUGUAAAGCGGACUCGUCGGCGGCUCGGCUCUACUGAAAAACGGCACAGCCCAGUUCCCCUGGCUGUCGGGUCGACUGCGGCUAUCUGUAGCACUACUGAUAUUAUCGCUGUACCAUCCUGCACUACAACGAACAAACAAACAAAAGGACAAUCUGGUCUGGGAGCGAUGACAUGAACACACCGACCAGGAGGACUGUUUUUUUUAUUUUUAU